AUGGUACCGGCACAAAAACAGACACAUAGAUCAAUGGAACAGAAUAGGAACCCAGAAGUGGGCCCUCAACUCUAUGGUCAACUGAUCUUUGACAGAGCAGGAAAGAAGAUCCAAUGGAAAAAAGACAGUCUCUUCAACAAAUGGUGUAAAGAAAAUUGGACAGAGACAUGCAGAAGAAUGAAACUGGACCAUUUCCUCACACCACACACAAAAAUAGACUCAAAAUGGGUGAAAGACCUAAAUGUGAGACAGGAAUCCAUCAGAAUCCUUGAGAAGAACACAGGCAGCAACCUCCUCGACCUCAGCCGCGGCAACUUCUUCCUAGAAACGUUGUCAAAGAUCCUUUACGUCUAUAGAAACCCCAAGGAUGUUAUGACAUCACAUUUUCAUUUUUCAAAAUCAUUGAGUGUAUUAGAAGAUUCAGAUAACAUAGAAGAUUUCAUGGAAAGAUUUCUAGAUGGAAAAGUGGGUGGAAGCCUUUGGUUUGAUCACAUUAGAGGCUGGUAUGAGCACAGACAUGACUUCAAUAUUCUGUUCAUGAUGUAUGAGGAGAUGAAGAAGGAUCUCAGAAGUGCUGUGCUUCAGAUUAGCAGUUUUUUUGAGAAAGAACUGAGUGAAGAGGACAUGGAUGCUGCUGUGGAACAAGCUACAUUUCAGAACAUGGCAUCUGAUCCACAAAUCAACUGUGAUUAUAUUCUAAAAGAUGUAGUCAAGACACAAGUAAAUGAAAGAAUUUUCCUGCGCAAAGGUACCCCUGCAGACUGGAAACGUCACUUGACCGUGGAGCAAAAUGAGAUUUGACAGAAUAUUCCAAGGCAAAAUGAAAGAUUUUCCCUCGAAGUUCAUCUGGGAUCUAAAUGAAGACUAGAAUCAGUGCAAAAGAAUCAUAAAAAACUCUACUAACAGGAAGCUUACUUUAAUACACAAAUAAGUUUGUGCUUUUUAUGCAAAUGUUAAUUAUAAAAUUUUAUUGAUAAAAAAGAUGAGUAAAUUGUGCUUAGAUUAGUUACCAUGAUUUUGCUGAGCACUUUGAAAUUUCA